AUGGCAGGUCCCCACCCCGAUCGAGAUGAGGCUCGAAUCAACGCCCCGCCCAAGGCCCAGUUUAAGGUUGAGAUCAAGGCGGAGAUCAUGCCUGAGCUUGAGGCCAUGCUCGAGGCCAGAGUCAAGGCCGGGUUCGACGCCAUGUUCGAGAGAGUCGAAGCCAGGAUUGACGAGAUCGAUGCUAAGAACGAGCGUCUUCGGUACGUUGCCGUCGUGGGGCUGGAGGGCGCGCGCGCCGGCACGGCGACGUGA